CUCUCCUUUUUCUCUGUCUAGAAGAAGAAGAAGAAGAGCACUGAACAGAGCAACAAUGGCGGGUUACAGAGCAGACGACGACUACGACUACCUCUUCAAGGUGGUGCUGAUCGGAGACUCCGGCGUGGGAAAAUCGAACCUUCUCUCGAGGUUCACGAAGAACGAGUUCAACCUUGAGUCAAAAUCCACCAUUGGUGUCGAGUUCGCAACCAGAACCUUGAAAGUCGAUGCCAAAGUCAUCAAGGCUCAGAUCUGGGACACUGCGGGCCAAGAGAGGUAUCGCGCCAUCACCAGCGCAUACUAUCGUGGGGCAGUUGGUGCACUUCUUGUGUAUGAUGUCACUCGCCAUGCGACAUUUGAGAAUGUUGACAGAUGGCUGAAAGAAUUGCGGAAUCACACAGAUGCCAACAUUGUUGUGAUGCUUGUGGGGAACAAAUCAGAUCUUCGUCACCUUGUAGCUGUAUCAACUGAAGAUGGGAAAUCUUAUGCUGAGAAAGAAUCACUUUACUUCAUGGAAACCUCAGCUCUGGAGGCUACUAAUGUAGAGAAUGCGUUUGCUGAAGUUCUGACUCAAAUCUACCGAAUUGUUAGCAAGAAAGCAGUAGAGGGUGCUGCUGAAAAUGGAACUGCAUCUGUGCCAGCCAAAGGAGAGAAAAUAGACCUUAAAAAUGAUGUGUCUGCACUGAAAAGAGUUGGUUGCUGCUCAAGCUAAGAUUGGAAAUUGGAAAACUAUAAUUCAAUUGGUUGCUAUCGGAUAUGUUGUAAGUCUAAUAUUCUUGAGAGAUACGAACUAGAAGAAAAGUGAAAUUAGCAUGUUAGACUCACUUUGUAACCUUAAAAAAAAAACCAUGUUUCAUGUUGCAAAAGGAGCUACUGAGGAAGCAAGUUGGUUGCUACUAGGCAUAGUUUUUCUUAUUGUAGUGUUGUUAAUGCUUUCUCAUGCAAAGAGAGGU